CGAGGAGUCCGACUACGUGAGCAGCAGUCUCUCCUCCUCCGGGCAAUCUGAUGGCGGAGGAGGCCGGCGCGGGCGAGCGGAAGGUGGAGGCCCCUCCGCCGGAGACGGAGGGCAUCGUGUGGAGGGAGGACGCGGGGAGGUUCGAGACGCCCGACGGCGAGGCCUUCCUCCAGUACCGCCUCCUCCCCGGCGGUGACGGGGGCGGCGCGCCUCCUCCUCAUCCUGCGGCGGCGGUGAUGGACAUGGUGCACACGUACGUGCCGCGGAGCAAGCGCGGGCAGGGGCUCGCCGCGCGCCUCUGCGACGCCGCCUUCGCCCACGCGCGGGGCCGCGGCAUGCGCGUCGUCCCCACCUGCUCCUACAUCUCCGACACGUACCUGCCUCGUAAUCCGGCGUUGAAGGAGCUGGUGUACAAGGAUCACGAACCGCAUCCCAAACCCAGCAGCAUGUAGCUCUGUAUACAAGGAACGCCAAUUUCGCACGAUCCAAAGGCGGCAGCUGCUACUAAAUACUAAGCAGAUACCCAAUUGAUAGAAGUGUCAAGUGUGUGAUCUGACGGCGCCUCGUGAAAGAUCCUUGAUGCCAAAUGGUACACUUUGGGCGUCUCCUGUGAAGUUGUGAUUUCGAGAACAGAGGCUGUAUAACUUGUGCGAAACAGAGGGUGCAACAUCCCUUUCUUGCUAAACCUCAAGG